AUGGCCUCUGCUCAGUGCUACAAAACCUGUGAACAAAGCUGCCAGCACAAAAACAACUACCAGCAGCAGCAACAUAGCUCAAUAGGACAUAAGCUAACUGACUUCUACAAAGGACACCACAAUGAUGGAACACAAACCAAAACCGAAUACUAUAGCGAGACGGAUGUGCUUUAUCAACCAGGAUAUGUUGCCAAAAAUCACAGUAACACAUGCAACCGAACCAGUCACAAUCGUAAUCACAAUCAUGCCGCUACUGGCACCACCAUUGUUACCGGCACCACUGCGGCAAAAUGCCAAGGGAGAAACAGGAAAGAGAGGAGAAACAUGUUCCAGAGGAUGAAGGAUGGCAUAUCAGGUCACAGCAGUGACAGCGGCACUAGCAGUGAUGAGUGUGACAGCGACAAUGAAAGCCGUCGCCACAGGAAGGCAAUACUGCAAUUGAGAAGCUGCUGCACUAAUAAGAAUAAAUUGGAGUUUGAGGAUUGA